AUGUAAAAAUAUAAAUCAAUAAAAACUUGGGAGAGAUUAAACAAAAUAAAAGCACCAGUCCCUAAAUAUGAGUACGAUAACUUUGAAGAAAUUGAUGAAAAGUUUAAAUAAUUUGAAGAAUAACAAGCUGAACCAGAUUUCAAUAAUGCACCAACAGCAUUUGGAUCUAUUCUUAUUUAGACAGCAGUUUAAGGAUUAUAGAUGACAAAUUUAUUUCAGACUUAAGGAUAACCCUUAAAUAGACUAAGUUAAAGGUUUUUAUUAACUUAUAAUAAUUAGCAUCUUGAAGGCAUUUGAUAUUAAUCCCACUCAAUUGAAUUAGAUGAAGACAUCUUAAGAAAGACAGUAAUUUAUACUUAAUAAGCAAGUGAAUACAUUAAGCUUUAAAUGAAUACUACCAUUGAUACAUUGUUAAAAACCUGGUCUGAUAAGAUUAUUCUCAAAGAACAAAAGUAUAAAGAGACUGAUUUAUAAAUGAAAAAGGAGAAGAUUCAUAAUUAAACAAAAAAGCAUUUUAAAUGGUUAUAAUUGAAAACUAAAUAUGAACAAUUAAAAAACAAAUUAAGAUAAAUCGUUGUAGACAAAUUAAAUGAUUAUGAGAAUUAGCAAUUAGCUGCUAAAUCUUCAAAUAAACAUUUGAUGUUAAAAAAUGUAUAAGUAAUUACUACUAGAAAUAUAUUUGAAAAUAUGGAAAAGUAUGGCCAUUCUAAUGAAUUUCAUUUCUUAAAAUCUUUAGGAUAAGAUAGAAUAAAAUAGAUUAAAGAAAGAUAAAAUAGAUAAAUGACUUAAUAAAUUGAUAAUAUAGAAGAUGAAGAAUAAAAAUAAACAUAUCAAGUUGUUUGGAAUAAUUAAUCAGAAAAAAUAUUUACAAAAUAAAGAAGUUAGACUAAAUAAUUAUUUACGUAAUUUAAUUGUGUAAUUUUUUUAGAAAUGAAAUAGCUUGUUCUAAUUGGAACGAUUUAGGAUUUUUACCUAUUUUAUAGUAGAUGACCUUGAAUGAGAAAAAAAAAUAAUAGAGAGAACACAUUCUCAAUAAAUAUACUGAUGGAGAAUUUUUAACAGCUCAAGAAUUAUAAUUUUUAGCUAAUACAAGUGAAUUACUUAAUGCUUGUUUGGAUAAAGAAUUUUUUUAAAAGGCAGCUAAUUAAGUGAAUCCAGAUUUAUUGUUCAAUAUGGAAUUAUCUUUAGCAGAAUAGAUAUUAAAAGAUUAUGGAGAGAUGAAAUCUGCAACUAUAAAUGCUAGAUUACAAUAUAUUAGAAUCAAAAUUCAGAAUACGAAAUAAAAAUUAGCCAAAAGAUAAAAAAUCUUAUAAAAAUAAUCAAUAGAUGACUAUAAUAUGGAAUUAAAUAGAAAAUAUAUUAAAGUAUGUAAAACAGUUGUAAAACAUAUGGAAAGGACAGGAAAAUUUGAAGAGAAAAUUCCAAGUGAAAUUCCUGGGGCUACUUAAUUAAAAGAAUAUUUAAUGGGAAGAAUAUCAGAUAAAUAAUUUAUAACCAAAUUAUAUGAUUAUGUAUUUGAAAAAGAAAGAAAAAGAUAAUAUAUUGAUCUAAAUGAUGAAGAUAAUUUAUUAUUAAAUUAUCCAUCAAAAUAAUAAAUAUCAAGCUCAAAAUAAAUUCAACCUCAAAGUCCAAGGUUUAAGAAUGAAAAAAAUAAAAGAUUAGAAUAUUUAAAAUAAAUGUCUAGACCUAAGAGUACAAUAGGUGUUUAAUUCACUUAAAAUAUAAAAAGACAUAUUUUUCAUCCUUCAACAAAAUUGCUUAUUGACAAAAAACUUGAGUGUGAAGAUAGUGAAUUAGCUUAUAUAAAUCCAAUAUCUGCUUAAUACAAUAAAUAAGAAUAAGAAAAAUUUAAAUUAGGUUUAAAGAGUCAUCCUGCUUUAAGGUAAAGAAAGAAUUUUAAAAAAUUUCUUUCAGGAGGACCUCCUAAUUAACCUGAAUUAGAACAUUGGAAAAGCCCUAAUUAUAAACCAACUUAGAGAGAAAUAAAAGCAGCUAUUAUGAUAUAAAGAAAACUGAGGUCAUUAUUUAGAGAAAAAAAAUUAAGACAAAAAUUAGAAGAAAGAAGAAAACAAAUUUAUUAUUUAUUCAAAGAUAAUUGUGAAAAUAUGAUUCAUUAAAUUGAAUUAGGAUAAGAUUAAUCAGUUUCUAAUUUUUAUUUAAAUAAAUAACUUGAAAGAUGUAAAAAUAUAGCAAAAGAUUAAAUAAAUUUUGGUUGUAUAAAAACUGAAGAAAACACUCGUAAAAAUACAGAAAAAAAAAGUUUCCUUUUAAGCACAGGAGCUUCUACGCCUACUGCAAAAGGAUCCUAAAAUUUAAGAAUUCCUAUUUAAUCAAAUAAGAUUAAAGUAGAUUAUUUAUUUGAAGCAGUUUAAAAAAAUAGAAUUAUGAUGAUAAAAUAAUCACAUUUUGUUUAUUCUGCAAAUGAUAUUAACUCAUAAAAUUAUGAUGGAAUAACUCCUCUUCAUGUUGCUGUUGUGAAAGGAAAUUGGGAUUUUGCAGAAUGGUAUAUUAUUUUUUGAAUUUAGGUUAUUGUAGAAUGGGGCAGAUCCUUAUAUUAUGGAUUAAUAAAAUAUUACUCCAAUUGAUAUGGCUAGACAUUUAAAGCAAACAAAAGUAAUAUAAUUAAUAUAUUUAUUAGAUUAUUAGACUUUUUGAAUAAUACAAAAAAAUAUGAG